AAUAAUUGGCUGGGCAAUAAAACAAAACAUGGAAGGCUGGCUCAUCAGCUAGCUCAUGAUACACCAGUCCACAAUCAUCACUAGUCUAGAGAAUGGAUUGCUUUUCAUAUUUAUCAGCUCUCUCUCUCUCCUUCAUCAUCUUUGCUCAUCUUCUCUCUACUACAGUGGGAGGAGAAUCAAACAAGGCAGCCCAUUUCCCAGGAAGCUACCAAGCUUCAGCAGCACUCAAGAAACAUGGUGGCAAGCCUUCAUCUUCAUCUUCUUAUGAUAACCCAAAGCUGCCAUUUGAAGUUGAGUAUUUCCCACAGACUCUUGACCACUUCACUUUUCAACCCAGAGGCUACAAAAUCUUCUACCAGAAGUACCUCAUCAACAGGGAGCAUUGGCAUAAGGGAGCCCCUAUCUUUGUGUACACUGGCAAUGAAGGAGACAUUGGUUGGUUUGCUUCAAACACUGGAUUCUUGCUUGAUAUUGCCCCCAAGUUUCAUGCCCUCCUAGUCUUCAUUGAACACAGAUUUUAUGGAGAAUCAAUGCCAUUUGGGAAGGAGUCAUACAAGUCAGCAAAGACACUAGGGUACUUGAACUCACAGCAGGCCCUGGCUGAUUAUGCCAUUCUAAUCCAGAGCUUGAAGCAGAAUCUGUCUUCUGAGGCUUCCCCUGUUGUGGUUUUUGGUGGUUCCUAUGGAGGAAUGCUGGCUGCUUGGUUCAGACUUAAGUAUCCACAUGUGGCAAUAGGUGCACUGGCAUCUUCAGCACCAAUAUUGCAGUUUGAUAACAUCAUUCCAUGGUCUAGCUUCUAUGAUGCAGUUUCCCAAGACUUCAAGGUGGCAAGCUUGAACUGCUAUGAAGUGAUAAAGGGGAGUUGGUCAGAAUUAGAUGGACUUUCGACAGCUGAGGUCACAAAGCUUUUCAAAAGUUGCAAGAGUCUGAAACAUGUAGAAUCGGCCAGCGAUUGGCUUUGGACAGCAUUUGUGUAUACAGCAAUGGUGAAUUACCCAACUGAGGCGAACUUUAUGAUGCCAUUGCCUCCGUAUCCGGUGGAAAAGAUGUGCAAGAUUAUUGAUGGGUUUCCGGAGGCAGGGGCUUCAAAGCUCAGCAGGGCAUUUUCUGCUGCAAGUUUAUACUACAAUUACUCUGGAACAGAAGAAUGUUUCGACAUUGAAGUUGAAUCUGAUCCUCAUGGUCUCCAUGGUUGGGGCUGGCAGGCCUGCACAGAAAUGGUUAUGCCAAUGGUUGUGUCGGACGAGAGCAUGUUUCCUCCGUCUUCAUAUAACUACACAGAAACCGAACUCUCCUGUCAAAAGUCGUAUGGUGUGAAACCCAGACCUCAUUGGAUCACCACCCAAUUCGGGGGACAAAGGAUUGAGCAUGUGCUGAAGAGAUUUGGGAGCAAUAUCAUUUUCUCCAAUGGAAUGCAGGAUCCAUGGAGUAGAGGAAGUGUUCUGAAAAACAUAUCGGAUAGCAUAGUGGCCUUGGUGACUGAGAAAGGAGCACACCAUGCUGAUUUUAGGGCAGCUACUAGGGAUGACCCCAAGUGGCUCAUCCAACAAAGAGAGGAAGAGAUACAAAUUCUUCACAAAUGGAUUGGGGAGUACUACUUUGAUAUCAACCAACAUUGAACACAAUACAUUAGUAGUAUAACUAUAUAUUAUCCCUCAUAUUCAUACUUUUGUCAUGCUUUUAACGCUUGAGUACGGUGAGAAAUAUAUGGUGAAAUAUAUUUUAAUAAGAAUAAGUUAAUUAAUGCGAACAUGUUCU